UUGUUAAAGCCGAUAGCUAGGGAUACCAUGGGUGAAAUAACUAUGAUUAAGACAGAAGAAACGACAAAACCUAUUUCUGUAGAAAUUGUAAAAGAUGAAAUAACACUACAUCUUACAGACACAGUGGAAAUCGUUUCUGAACAUGAGGCUAAAACUAUUACUCCACUUGAUGACUCUUCUAUUGUUAAAACUGUAGAUACGGUUACUACUAAAUUUAUUGAAAAAUCUGAAGAUACAUCUACUGAUGUUCAUUUGGAAACAAAAGAGCCAGUAGUUGUUGAAGAUAUUAAAUCUACUAAAGACACAAAAUCUGACGAAAAAGCUAAAGACACUGAUUAUUUAGAGGAAGAGGUACUCGCUGCAACAGAAUCACUUACAAAAGUAAUUGAGGUGAAUGAUGCUCAAAAACAAAUUACAGAAGAGGAUAUUAUUUCUAAACAUCUUCCCAUAGAUAAGCUCGAUGUUCUAGAAAUUGUAGAUUUCAAAACUAACGAAGAAAUGGUAAAAGGCCAAUCAAAGGACGGGGUUGCAUUGGAGGAGGAACACGUUCACGACAUGACUGAGUUGUUGGAACCAAUAGACAUGGAUACAGUAUCUGAAAUAACUAUUAUUAAGACAGAAGAAACGACAACACCUAUUUCUGUAGAAAUUGUAAAAGAUGAAAUAACAACACAUGUUACAGACACAGUGGAAAUUGUUUCUGAACAUGAGGCUAAAACUAUUACUCCAGUUGAUGACUCUUCUAUUGUGAAAACUGUAGAUAAGGUUACUACUAAAGUUAUUGAGGAAUCUGAAGAUACCUCUACUGAUGAUCAUUUAAAAACAAAAGAGCCAGUAUCUAUUGAAGAUAUUAAAUCUACUAAAGAUACUAAAUCUGUCGAAGAAGCUAAAGACACUGAUUCUUUCGAGGAAGAGGUACUGGCUGAUACAGAAUCACCUACAAAAGUAAUUGAGGCGGAUGACGCUCCAAAACAUAUUACAAAAGAGGAUAUAAUUAAUAAACAUCUCCCCAUAGAUAAGCUCGAAUCUCUAGAAAUUGUAGGUUCCAAAACUACGGAAGAAAUGGUAAAAGACCAAUCGAAGGAAGGGGUUCCAUUGGAGGAGGAACACGUUCACGACAUGACUGACUUGUUUGAACCGAUAGCCAGGGAUACCGUGUCUGAAAUAACUAUAAUGAAUACAGAAGGAACGACAACACCUAUUUCUUUAGAAAUUGUAAAGGAUGAAAUAACAACACAUGUUACAGACACAGUGGAAAUUGUUUCUGAACAUAAGGCUAAAACUGUUACUGCAGUUUAUGACUCUUCUAUUGUUAAAACUGUAGAUACGGUUAAUACUAAAGUUAUUGAGGAAUCUGAAUAUACCUCUACUGAUGUUCAUUUGGAAUUAAAAGAGCCAGUACCUGUUGAAGAUAUUAAAUUUACUAAAGACACAAAAUCUGAUGAAGAAGCCAAAGACACUGAUUCUUUAGAGGAAGAGGUACUCGCUGAUACAGAAUCACCUAAGAUAGUAAUUGAGGCGGAUGAUGCUCCUAAACAAAUUACAGAAGAGGAUAUUAUUUCUAAACAUCUCCCAAUGGAUAAGCUCGAAUCUCUAGAAAUUGUAGGUUUCAAAACUACCGAAGAAAUGGUAAAGGACCAAUCUAAGGACGGGGCUGCAUUGGAGGAGGAACACGUUCACGACAUGACUGAAAUUGUAAAGGAUGAAAUAACAACACAUGUUACAGACACAGUGGAAAUCGUUUCUAAACAUAAGGCUGAAACUAAUACUUCAGACACAGAAGAGAAGAAAGAAGCUACACCAGUUUAUGACGUUGAUGACUCUUCUAUUGUUAAAACUACUACUAAAGUUAUUGAGGAAUCUGACAAUACCACUACUGAUUUUCAUUUGGAAACAAAAGACCCAGUAGCUGUUGAAGAUAUUAAAUCUGCUAUAGAUGUGGAUGAAACUAAAGACACUGAUUUCUUAGAGGAAGAGCUAUUUGCCGAUUCAGAAACACUUACAAAAGUAAUUGAGGCGGAUGAUGCUUCAAAACAAAUUACUGAAGAGGAUAUUAUAUCUAAACAUCUCCCUGUAGAUAAGCUCAAAUCUCUAGAAAUUGAAGGUUUUAAAACUACCGAAGAAAUGGUAAAAGAAAAAUUGAAGGACGGUGUUGCCUUAGAGGAGGAACACAUUCACGACGUGACUGAAUUGUUACAACCGAUAGCCAGGGAUACAGUAUCUGUAAUUAAGUCAGAAGAAACACCAAUACCCAUAUCAGUAGAAAUUGUAAAGGAAGAAAUAACAACAUCUGUUACGGACACAGUGGAUAAAUCUUUUUCUACAGCUGAAAUUGCGCAAUUAAGUAAUGAACCAAUACUAGAAUCAGAUAAUUUAACUGAUGAUACAUCAGUUCGAAGUGCAGACAUAAGUUGGCAAGAAUCUGUAAAAAGCUCGUUAAAUUUUACUCCUGAACUCUAUACAGGUCAAAAUAGUUUCUCUUCAAUUGAAAGUUUUCAAUUGCAUAGUAAUACUUCUGGCGAUACAGAAAGUAGUGUUUGUUCUCCUCAAGCAUCGUCGUUUCAUAGGAAGAAAGUCAAAACAUCAACACUUACUCACUGUUAUGAGUCUGACACAGAAGCUACAACUUCUGAUUUGGUUUUAUCAGAUAAACUUCUAUUUUCUGACACCACUGCUUCAGAAUUAACAGAUGUUGAAACUGAUUCUUCCCUCCCGUAUUCAAUAAAGGAUACUACUAAAACCAUGGUUGUUGAUGAUAUUAAAAUGACUGAUGAUGUAAUUGAAGUAACAGUAAGUACUGAAGAUCAGCAGUAUGAUAAAUCAAAUUUAAGUGAUGAUUCCGAAGCUUACUAUAAAGGAAAACUGAUCAACACUGAAUCCGGAUCCAAUAUUGUUAUGCUAGAAUCGUUGUCGGGAAAAUCUAUCUGCAUUUGUGAUUCAGUAUCAAGUGAAACUGAUUUUCCAAUUGACAGUGGAUCGUCACAACCUCAAACAAGAACUAAACCUCAUACAGAUGCAAAGAAAGCCUUCAAGGAAAAAUCACGUCCUGAUAUUAAGCCUAAACCAAAGUAUAAUUCGAAAUAUGAUCACAUAGAGAGUAAAAUUAAGAAAGAGUUUAAGUCCUCGAUCGCCAGGAAAUCUUACAAAAGUACAACGGAUGACAUAAGUUCAUCUUCAACCUCAACCUCUAAAAAUGCUUUAUCACCCAAACACAGACCAAUAGAAAGAAAAUCAAACAGUGCUGGCCAGUAUAAACAAAAACCGUCAAAUAAUGUUGUAGAAAAACAACAAAAACCUGAACCAGACAUUGAAUCAAAGGAUCGCACAAGUAAAAUAUCUGAACAAAAAUAUUCUUCCAGAAGUCGUGGAUACAUGGCUUCCACUCUCUCAAGAGACAUGAAACUUGAAUCUGCACCAAAAGAGACAGCUCUAAAAUCUCCCAAACACAUUUCUAAAAGGCAUAAAAGUAUAGAAAGAAAAAGUGAAUCAAGUAGCACUGUUUCAACACCCAAAACAAUUAAGAUCCAACAGUCAUCGAUAUCUAGUUCUAAGCACGAGGAAAUCAGUUCACAUAAAUUUAAAGCACUGACAACUAUGAGAAAACGAGAACCUUUGAAAAAGAAAGUAACAAAUAGUGAAACUACAAAAUCUAUUACUUUAUCAAAUAAACAAGAAAAAUUUCAAAGUGAAAUAUCAAAACUAAAACACAAUGAAAAGGAAAAUAAAAUAAAGGUGUCUUCUUCUGGACAUUCCAAACCAGCCUUGACCAACAUUUCUUCAAGAAGCACACAACGUUUAAACAAGAGUGCAUUAUUACCAUCAACAGAUGCACCAUUAAAGCAAAAAAGGAGGUUAGUUGAUCAAACUAAACAAACAAUGACAACCUUUAAAAAGAAAGACACUGCUGAAUCAGCCCGAACUGAUGAACUAAAAACUGGUCCAAGUACAAGUUCAGGUAAGGACACAGAUUCAUUAUCAAAAGUUACCAAGCAAAACACAAAGCGUCUCGAUGUUACAAAAUAUCAAAAGACAUUUGAAGAUACUAGAAAGGCUUCAUCAAGAGACCAGACAUUUAAAGCACAGAAAACACAAAAUCAACUAAAAAAGUCUGAGCAAACUGUUGAAAUCCACAAAUCGGAGUUGGAAGAUGUGUCAACCACUGCCUUACCUUCUGUCUCUGAAAGCCUAUCCCUAUGCUCAACAACUAUCCAUAGAUCUACUAUUGUAGGAGCUGAAUCAAAUAUAGAUGAUUCUCUCAAAAUGCGAGCGGCUUCAGCGCCAAUUAGUAGUUCAAAUAUAUUUAUGGACCCUGAUAUUCAUUUGUCAAGUAGAAGAGGAAGUGGGCCAACUAGAUGCCUAAUAUCUGGUAGGAUAAUGGAGCGACACACAAGUCUAGAUCAAAGCAAAGGACCCACAUCGUUGCCUUCAAGUCCUAGUAGGAUGAGAAGUCAGGGUCAAUGUAACAGUAUACAAUUACUAACAUCUGAAGUGUUUACUAGGACUGUAGAUUCAACAAGUGGUAUAGAAGUGAUAUUUCACCAGCCCAAUGACCCUGUCCGAAAACCAGCCAAAUCAGAGCAUUAUCCAAACGAUGUUGGUGAAACAUCUAUGAUCGAUACUACUGACUCAUCUCUUUCAGAUUCAGUUGCUUUGCCAUCAUCUUCUUCUGAUCAUGAUUUAAGUGUAGAUACAAGUUACAGAUUACGCACAAGUAUAUCACCCGGCUCUCCCAAAAUCUCCCGUAGGUCUCGUGAAAGUAUGAGUCCUAAAAUAAGACAAACUGAUAUUGUAGAAUGUGCAACAGUGCUUGAGGAUGAUACCUCAGAAACUGAAAUUUCUCCUGAUAGAAAUUCUCCUAAUUUAAUUGCUUGCGAUAGACAACUUUCAACACCAACAAAGCUUUAUGAUAAAUCAGACAAUAACAGAGCACCAGCCAGUUCUGAGGAUAGGUUUUCCCCAAUUCUCAAUGUCCGUUCCAUAACCCCUCCUCGCCUCAAACACAAAUUUGUUUAUGCCUCAUCAGACGAAGAGGAACCUUCCAUAGGUAAAACCCUUCUUGAAGAUGAAUCCUCCGCUUCAAACGUUGUUAUGGAGCCAUCAUCAGAUCACAGCAUGCUGCUUCCAUCAGAGAUACCAGACUCUUCGCUUUCCGAAACCGUCAAUACUUAUCGUCCAUCACUGGUGAAGGAACUGGAUCUACCACUUGCAAUAACCGACAAAAUAGUUAGUGUACAAUCAUUUGAAGAUGAUUUUCAUUGUGAGGAACUAAUAACUGAGACAACAUCAUCAGACAUUGAUAAGGCAUUGCUAGAGUCAAUCAAAUUUAAGAGUAGUUCUGAAGAAGAGGCAACAGACAAGGAUCCAGAUCCUAUUCCAAGUGAUGAUAUCCUUAUAAAUGAAAUAAUAAACCAUCACAUCAAAGACAGACACCAGACUAGUCUGAUUCACAACCAAAUUAUGGCUGGAAAAGAUAGCUCAAUUCCUCUUAUUUCCAUAACAAAUACUGAUGAAAAUGUCAUUCACACUGAAAUAAACAUAGACCCUUAUCAAAAAUCCCAAGAUCCACUAACUGAUAUAGAAGAUUUGGAUGUUGGUCCUGAAGACAGAAACCCCAGAAAUUUGAAAAUUAAUGUCAUUGAGGAUGGUGAUGUGACAGAUGCUGAAAUUGUGGAAGCUUCAGACGAUGAAAAGGAUUUAGAUUGUAUACCGAAAAUUUCUUUUCAGUUAAAUGACAUAAUUGACCACAGUGGGACAUAUGAAGAGCUUGUGCGUAUGAGCAGUCCUACGUCUAAACAAUCAAAAUCAAACAUUGAAAGUAGUUUUACUACUUCAAAUACCCCUCAGUUGGGUGAUUUCUUAAAAUUGUUUUAUGAAAGAGAUGGAACUACAGACUAUGAAGAUAUGGAUUUAUCCGACGAAGAAGACAACGCUGAUGAAAUGGGUGAAAAUACUGAAAAUGAUGAAGUUUUGCAAAGAUUAAUGGAUGAUGGAACUGUUAGUAUUUCUGAUAGUGUAAAGAAAAGUCCCAUCCCAUCCCCUUCUGUGACACCUGAACCAGGACAGAAACGAAAUUAUAAGAAAGGUAAAGCCGCAAAAAAAAGUAGUUCUGGGCUAAGAAGUAAAGCAGAUUAUAAUCUUCUUUCACCAAGGUCUCUCUCUCCUCAUUUAAGUGAUAUAACUGACACAGAAGUUGUUUAUUCUGACUCUGAUGAAGAGGAACGAAUGAAGAAACAAAGACCUUUGAGUCCUCAAGAACGUAGAAAAAGACUGAGACAAUUGAAAGAAAUUGAACAUGACAGACGUAAAAUGAAAGAUGAGGAAGAAAGAGAUGUUUUACCAGAACUUGAAAUAUCCAGUGUUCAAAUAAGUGAAAAAGUUCCAGUAAAGGAAGUAGUAAGUGAAUCAGAUACCGACAACACAAACUACGUACAUCCUAAACACAUAACUUAUGCACCUAAAAAGAGGACUCUUUUAAUGGAAGUUGCUGGUGCUUUAAUGAAAGAAACUCUAGUCAGCACUGAUGUAGAGCACUUUGAAGGUUCAAAUGAGUCUGACGAUGAUGCUGCUAGUCAAAUUUCAGAAGAUCGUACAAGUGGCACAGAAAACCAGUUUUUUUCUAUCAAAGAAAAAGAAGUUUCAAAACAUGCACUAAGUCUACCAAAACAAGACAGAGUAGUUUUAACUGACACAGAAGACAUUGAAACUGAAGAAGAGUUUGCUAAAGCAUCAACAUCAAAGCCAGUUAUAAAAGUAUCCACAGAGGCAAGUACUGAAGAAGAUGAUUUUGAACCAACUGAGAAUGAAUAUUUAUCCGCUGUGAGAGAGAUGCGAGCUAGAGCUUGGAAGGACAAUAAUUAUGAGAUUCAUUUUAUCGAGAUUGAUGGUAAAACAAGACCACUAGCCAUUACACCUGACCUUCCUGUGGUAUGCCACUCCUUGAAACUAAAUACCCUAGAAAAGCCGCUAUAUGUGACAGAUAUGGAAGAUUUAGCUGAUAGUGAUUUAGAAACAGCCCAAAACUUUCUUCCUGUUGCAACAGUGCACUCAGAUGCAGUAUUAACUGACACAGAAUUUGUUGAAGGAGAUGAGGAAACAUUUAGACCAAAAUCACCCGAACCAUCGGAUGAUGAAAAUAGCCAACCCCUUCCUGAACCUGUAAGGGAAAUGAUUUUGAUGAAAGAGGAUCCAAGUGGACGGCCUGUUUCAGUUGUGUUGCCUCUUGGUAAUGUGUCACCAGGGGGUUUAAAACCGCCACAUUUAGAACUUGAGGGAGGAAUAUCUGAAGUUGAAGAUAUAGCUACUGAUGACGAUGACUUAACAAAUCCAUCAUUUGCUCGUGAUCUUGGACCAACGCCUGACCUACCAGAGAUUGAGGGAGGAAUAAUUCAUUUUAGUGAAGUCAUGAAAGUGCAAAAGAAGAAGUUAAAAGUCACAGGUCAGGAAGUUCAAGAACCACUGACUGAUACUGAGGAUUUAUUUUUAUCUGUUAGUGGAAAACGAAAACGUACUAAAACAAAAAUGAAACUUGGUUUAGAACCCACGCCAUGUAAUAUAAAACAAGAUUUAACUGACACAGAGGAUAUUCUUUUAAGUGAUGUGGAAAACCGCCAAGGAAAUAUUCUAACUGUUCCAUCUACUGAAAUAGAUCCAACAACGGACCUUGAUGACAUUGACAUAUCUGGUGAAGAAGAUGAACAUGACCACCAAAGACAAAUGGCUUUAACACCUGAUCAUCUACGGGAACUGGGGGAUUCUUACAUUACUUUAAAAGAAGGAAACGGGCCUUUCAGUGAAGAAGCAAAACAAUCAUUCCUCUCAUUACAUAAAAUACCAAUUAUAAACACAAUAUCACCAAGCCCAGAUAUUCAAUUUUUAGUGAACACUGAUACAGAAGAUAUGUUUACAUCUGCAGAUGAAGAGGGCUUCUCAAGGGCAGAAACAAUAACUCCCUAUGAGGGUGCUAUUGAGCUAGAAGACCAUUCGUCUGUUGUGUACAUGAAACACACUAGAAAGUUUGACUUGGACGCUCCAGAAGAAGCUAUACAUGUCAAAGGAGGAAUUGAUAUUCAUGAGACGUUAACAGAUAUAGAGGAUUUGGGUGUGUCCGAGGAUGAACGUCCUAAGCCUCCAGAUCAGUUAUUUGUUAAUGACACUACUGAUCAAGUCUGUGUUUGCCUUACAACCAAAACAAAUUAUGAAGAUUCUGUUUGCGUAUGUGUCAAUAAGGAACAUGGAGGCUUAGCAUUAGUCUGGAAUUCCAAAAACUCAACUGACGCCAAGCAUCAACGAGACUGGGCAGAGAAAGGAGGACCAGACUCACCAAUAGAUGCAACCAAAAGAGAGCAUCCUUCUGUUAGUCUGGGGACUAAAGACCAUGAGUACCCUGAUUCUACUGCUACUGAUAACUCUCAGAUAUUUACCGAAACAGUAAACAUUGAAACACACGAGCAUUUAGCAGACAGAGUUAGAGAUAAGGAAGCAAAAUAUCACUUUACAAUGACAGCACUAAAUAAUGAAUCUUAUAAAGAAGUGUUUAAUUCACUUACAGUUUUCUUGGAAAACGAACAAGAGUACAAUAAGGGAUAUUCCCCAACAAAACUUGAUGAGGUUCCUGUUUCAGUCAAUACUAAUGUUCCAUCUUCAGAUGAAGCAGAAGGAAAUCAUUCAAAAAAUGAAAGUGAUCCUAAGUCUGACAAAUCAUUUGUUGGGAAAGUAUCACAGAAAAUCUUGGGUGUUUUUAAGAAAGAUGAUAAAGGCAAAUCCAAAAACAAAAAUAAUAAAAAUAGUAAAAAAGAUGAACAUUCAAAAGAUUUAUGUCAGUUAGAUUUAGUUGACGAGUCCCUGAAAGAAACUGUAUCUGAAACGGUAACAAUAAGUGUAAAACCAGUUUCAUCAAAAAGUGAUUUUGUAGACGAACAUGUUGAAUCUGAUAUUACUAGAAACAUGCAAGCACAUCCAGUAAAUCUUGAUAAUAGCCUAACUUUUGAAUCCACCCCAGUGUUAGAUAAUAAAAAAGAAAUGGUUGAAACUAAAACUGAUGUGCUGUCUAAAAUUGGUCGACUUAAUCAAGGUAAAGAUGAAGUGAAAGAUAGCAUUACAACCAAACAAUCAAUAGAUAUUCAAAUUGACUCUCCGGAAUAUAAUGAUUUAGUGGGUGAUAAUACUAAAAAAUUUGACAUAACCUGUCAAGAAAGUAGCAACAGAGAAGUCGAUAAUUUGAAGGAAAUUUUUCAAGAAAAAGAAGACUUAUCAAGUCUACACUUAAAAACACUAUCUGAAAGCUCUAAUGGUCAUAUUGUUGAAAAAAUCAACAACAAAGAAAUAUCUGCCCAAAAAACGAGUCGGAAAGAUGCCCUAUUGCUCCAGGAAACUGAUAGUAGUUUUCAAAAGUUUGUAACAAAAGAAAAUUAUGAUGGAAAUACGAUUAACUCACUUUCUUUAACCCCAGAAGGACCUACAGAGUAUGUUGUUGAUCAAAUUGCAAAAUUUACUAAUGUCAUUAAAACAGCAGAAAAAAGUUCUUCUGUAUUAAAUCAACUUCAAAAUGAUAUACAGAAAGAAACACUGGGAGAAUAUGAUGAAAAAGAAAGUACAUUGGUCAAAACAGCUGCAGAACAUGUGGAAGAGUGUGUCUCUGAUUUCAAAGAUAAACAAUAUGAUACUAAUAAAUUGUUACCGCAUGUUCAAGAUAAGAUUCCAGGAGAAGCUGAAACAAAGAUUAUUGCCGGACAAACAGAUUUUUUGACACAAAGGCAAAUAGAUGAUGAUAAUAAAUUGGAUGUUGUGAAAGAAGAAGCAAACGUAGGUAAAACUAUAAAUCCAAAUGAUCUGUCACUUGACAAUAGAAUUUCAACUAUUACUGAUUCUGAAUCAAAUAAUACUGCUGGUCAAAAAGUGAUGUCAUUUUUUGGCGCAUUUUUUGGUAAAUCAGAUGAGGCUGAGGAUUUUAAAACAAAGGGAAUGCAAAACUCAGACUCAGAAGGUGUGGAUAAAGGAGUUCAAAGAAAAUCUAGUGACCCAUGUACCACAGACAGUAAAAAAGAAAUGGAAAGCAGUCUGGACCAUAUAGAAAUUAAGGGAUCUCAGCUUUGCUCAAAUGUAUACGAGAAUAAUAGCAACCCUGACACAAGCAAAUUUGGUGAAAUAGAAUCAAAUACUCUACCAAGUGGUACUGUUUUAUCUCUUGCUAAUGACAAAAGACAGGACCCUACUGAAGAUGGUAGUUCUAAUGACAAAAAGCUUUCUACAUAUACAGCUAGCCUCGGUUUGGGUAAUACAACUUCAAGUGAUGAUCUGUCUACUCUUGCAUUAAAAGAUAACGUGUCUGAAAAUAUUGAAAGUGAAAUCAAGAAUAAAAAUGAGGAACUGAAUAACAUGACAGCCAACUCAAAAAUAGCUAUCAACUCAGAUAGUUUUGAAAAGAAAGAUCCUUCAGAUUACGAAAAUAAAGAUUUUGGUUGUGAUCAAAGUAACAAGGAGACAAUUAAUGCAUGUUCCAAAAGUGUCAGCCGAGAAACUUCUCCUAGCAUUUUGAAAUCUCCCAAAAGUGAAAAUCAACUACCCGAAAUUCCUCACAAAAUCAUAGAAAGUAACGAUGAAAAACUUAAUAGCAUGUUGAUAGAUAUGUUAAUGGAACAGGAAUGCAUGGAAAUUCCAAGUGAAGAACUUUCUACUGAUAUUAGAUCACAGCCAGAACCAUCUACAUUGUUUGAAUUAAAACAUGACCAUUUAGGCAAUUUUAGUGAAACAUCGGAUAUUAAUGUGUUAAAAUCAGAGCAUAGCUUCGGAACAAUAGAAUCAUUAAUAGUCAGUCCUAAAAGUAAUACAAUUUCCGACAAAGAAAAAUCACCAGUAAAACCAUACGUUACAACUCCAACCAUGCAGCGAAGAAAUAUAGGAGGAUCCCAACGGUUGUCAAGAGAAGAAAGGCCUACACUUAGAGAAAUAUCAUAUUUGAGUGAUAAUUCUAGCUCAGAUGAGGAAACUUCUAUCAGAUAUAUUGUAACUGAACCCAUAGACCAAUCGUCGUCAACAAGAAAAGUAUCAUUUCAGUUUGAAUCUGAAGAUGAAACAUACUUGAAAGUAUCAGACUCUAACAGUGAACCUGACAUAAAUGUUCGAGAUAUUACAUCUGGCCUGGAAUCAACUUUAGGUGAAGAAACCAAAGCUUUCUUAGAAGAUACAAGACUUACAGAAGACAUAAAAGAGCAUUUUAAACAAAACAAAAAUGUAGAAAAGCGGUUUGAAAGGAUGGCAUCUGAAACACUAGAGGCAGAUCCAGAAGUGAAGUUCACGGUGGACAAGGAGUUUCAGCGCAUGGUUUCUCAGUUGUCAGCAGAAGAAGUUGAAGCUUGCAUCAGCCAGUGGGAUGAAGGAGGAAUGACGCCAUCUGAAGAGCAAGACUCGUCAAGUCCAGGUCAAAGCAUUGAAACAUUGCCACCAGAAGAAGUGAGCAAGGACGUAACCCCGGAGCAAGAAACUACUGAAGCUGACAUUAUCCCACCCAAACCUAGUCCUAGACCUACCAAGCAAGACUCUCAAGACCAUUCAAAUAAUUCUCAAAAAACAAACAAUGAUAUACAAGAUUAUUCUGUUCGUAAAAAGUUUUGGGAACAGAUGUCAUCAGGAUCGCAAGAUAGCCAAAAGUCUCAAGAAAUCAGUCCAUCUCCAGUUCCUAAGCCUAGGUCAAGCAUUGUAUCAUCUGUACCUCUACUCAAGUCUGAGGCGGAAUCAGAUACAGAGACAACUGCCACUACACUUAGUGAUUCAACUAUAAGGAUCAAGUCUUUACAGCAGGAUGCUGUGAGCAAGCAGUCACUAACAGGCUCGUCAGAAUCUUCUGAGAAAGAUGAAUCAGAAACAGAAGCUACAGAAAAUAAGAAUUCGCUAUCAGAUUUUAAUAUUCCAAGUACCACUCCUUUUGUAUAUAACGAGUCAGAAGUUAAAAAACAUCUGACUAGGGUUGCUGAGAAUAGUGAUUCUGAAACUGAAUAUGUUGCCAAAGUUGGUGAUGAUAUUUUAACUUAUGAAAGUAGUGGAUUUAUUCUUGACGAUGAAGCAGGUCAAAUAACUCCUAAGCCAAAUGAUCUCGAAUCCAGUGGUAUUGGGAAACCAGUGGUUUCUUCCAGAAAAGGUCGCUAUGAAAGAUCUACAUCAUUACCAACAGAAAAUAUUACAGAUAUUUCUACCAGCAGUGUAAAAGCAAGAAAGCAGUUUUUUGAGACUCAAAUAAAAAAAGAGAUGGUUGUUGAUCAAUUGAUGACACAGCUUGAAGAAGAAUCGUCACCUGAGCAUAAGUCUUUCUAUCAUAAAGCAUCAGAUGUUCCUACCUCAGACCCUGAAGUCAUGGUGAGCCGUCAAAUACAUAGUCAUAUUUUUAGCCAUGAGUUGGAAGAGCAAAUAGAAUCAUUAAUUCCUGAGAAUAAACAAAUAAGUGAACAAACUGAAGAAAUUGAACCAAUUAAAUCAUCUUCAGUAAAGGAAGUUGUCAAUACAUUCGAUAAAGUCGAUGCUAAAAGGUGUGUUAAAAGAACUGACUCAAUAUCCUAUGAGGUAGAAAUUGUUGAAAAUAAACAAUAUUCUAUUGAAAAUGUUGAAGAUUUAAAAACAGAUUACAGUAAAACUGAUAAGAAUUUAAAAGAGUCUGAUAAUGAAACUUAUAAUCUACAAAUUGUUAAGCACAAACUAACUGAUGAAUUUGAAGGGUUUGAUACUUCACAGUCUAAAACUAAGAUCUAUGAAGAAGUGGCAGAUAUAAUUAGGUACAGAUCAGAUAGCAUAUCCAAACCAUCUGAGUCUUUAGAAGUACAUAUUGAUAAAAGCGAAAUUGAGGAAUCUGAAAAAGAGAUGGAAAUCGAUGAAGAAUUAAAACAACUUGAAGAAGGAUUAAUCCAACGGUCAAAAUCAGAUUUAUAUUAUCGCGAUGAUGAGUUUCUUCCACAAAUAACCGUCACCCAAUCAAAACUAAGACCAGAUAGUUACAGUCAAGGAGAGAGUGAAGAUACCCAAUCUGAAUCUGACAUUACUCCUGAAGACAUUAGAGAAAAAGAAAGUGUGUCCAAGUUUCAAGACUGGGAACAAGAAAUACAUUCAGUAGAAACUUUAGAUAAAAAUGAAUUUUGUCAAUCACCAAUUCCACCCCAUGUUCACACACCUGAAGAACAUAUCCCUGACACUGUGUGGGAAGUUCCGAUUCAACAAGAACCUGAAAGCAGUGAACAAGAAAUAGUAGAAGACAUUCCAAUCGAAAAACAGCCAAUUUUAGAAAAGGAUGAAGAGGAAUCUCAACGAUCAUUAACAGAGAGUUGUGAAAUGAAAUCUGAGAUCUUACAGCGCCUAGAAAAUUCAACUAGCCACCGAUUAAGUGACAAUGAAUCAUCGUUAACAGAAAGUGUGUUAGAUUUAAAAAGUGGAGUUAAAGAGCAAAAUAGUGAGUGUAAGUUAACAGAAGAUGAAGCGAGAAUAAUUGCACAGGAAGUAGUUGAGAACAUAGAGAUUGAAAUUUCAAAACGACCACAAUUAUUAACAGAUGAUAUUGAUAUGAAUGUUACAUCUGAGACAGUUGACGCCAUAAAUAACUCUGAAGUAUCUGAGUACAUCAAGAGACUAACUGGAAAAGAAGAUUUAGAAGUAAAACUAAUUGAAUCUGUUUUGGCUAAAAAGCAACGAGAACAAAUAAUAAAGCUAUCUCGAAAUGACACUACUACUUCAAGUAUGGAAAUAACUGAUGAGGACCUACGCAGUAGUGGUGUUGAAACAGAUAACUCUCCAUUGGAAAGUCAAGGAUCAAGACUGUACCCUAUUGAAAAUAAUGGUGAAGAUGACAGCACAAAACAUAUACAGAAUAAUGAACUGGAUCUAGAUGGUGUUACAGAAACCAGUAAGAACAAAGCAGUUCUGGAAAAAACAUUAGCAGAAGUUAAGGAAUCUCUUGAAGCAGCACAAGACGAACUAAUAGAAGAACAGAAGAAGAAAAAAGAAGUGCACAAGAAACCAUCCCCUUCAGAAUUUGAGUUCAAAGCAUUAGCUCUAGAGAAGUAUGCAGAUGCCUAUAUCCAAGAAUGUGAAAUAGAAGAGGCUGCCACUGGAUUUGACUUAGAACAUGUUGUUGAAAAUGAAUUAAAUUUAGAAUCUUCCAAAUUGUCAUUGAAAGAAAAAAAUGAAGUGAAAAAUGAGUCUCAUGCAGACAUAUCACAAUCCAUAAAUGUGGUAAAAAGUGAGAUCAGAAUAGAUAACAGAAGUUUGGACUUUGAAAACAAACAUUUAACCCAUGAAGAAACUGAAUUCAUCCAUAGAACUGAUAGUAGUGGUGCAAAAGAUAUGAAAGACAUAACAAAAGAGUCAGCUUCAUAUUUAGUUUGUGAAAACAAAGAUUCUCAUCUUGAAUCUCACCAAAUAUCUUCGUUCGCCACAAGUGCUUUCACAUCAAAUAUUGAUGUAGAACAAAGCAAGGAAGGGAGGGGUCCCUUAGAACAAGAUUUCACUCAUAGCUUUUACAAAGAAGAGCAUGUUGCGGAGGCACAACUAAAAAUAGGAACAGGAAACCUGGAAAAAACAAAAUGUUCAAGUAUUUCAAUUGAUAAAGAAGAUACACUUACUUUUGAUGAUAACAGUUUAAAAAACAACUAUUUGGAAUCAAAAAGUAAAGAUUCAUUGAUGUUGAUAAACGAAACUAAUGAGAAUUAUCAAUUUGAAUCAAAGACACAGUCUAGUACCACAAGUGGUAUACAUCAGGAAGACUCUGAAAGUAGUUUAAAAAUUAAGUUAAAAAAUCUUUACUUGGAAGAAGAAGCUGUUGUAGACAGUGUCUUACAAAAAGAUGAAAUAAAAAGGACCAAUAGCGAGGAAUCACAAAAGUCCUCUCAGGAUGAGAGCUUUAGAUCUCACACUGGAAUAGAGGGUGGAAUUUCAUCAUCUUCCUCUUCUGGAAAAAAAGAAGACUCUGAUGCCGCAAUGCACACAUUAGGGCAACCAGAAGUAACUAUGCGAAAACGUAAAGCUGAUAAAUCGUCUAGUCACAAAAGAUCUGAACGUCGGUCAGGAACUGAUUAUGAACCAUAUUCCAGUUCAGGCGAGAGUUAUUAUCAGUCCCUAGAACAAACUUCUGAGAGCAUUAGAACUCCAAGUCGGCCAUGUUCGUCAGAUGUUGAUGCUUUAGUUGCUGGGGUCGGUACAACUGGAUCUUCUGAGUAUGAAUCAGCAUUUUCUCACGAAAUGUCUGCUCGUUCAUUAACAUCUUAUGAGUACCACACAGCUGUAAGCUCUCUGAGUUCAAGAGAUUCAAUGAAAUCACUUGACUCUGAAAGUUCUGGCAAUCUCGCUAGUGUAGAAAUAUCAAGCGAAGCAUCGGAAACUCUAGUACCAUCAGCAAUGGAACUCGAUAGUGAUAUGGAGGGACUAACCAUGAAUAUCAUUGAAGAAGAUUGCUUCUUCAAACAUAAACCCAUUCUUGAACCAUAUGAUCAAGAUAUUCCCCAUCACAUUAUAAAAGGAGAACCUCCACCAAGAAUUCAUACAUUAUCUGAUUUAAAAGAAUAUGGCAAGUCCAUAAGUUUAGACAUUUCAAGUGAAGGUGGUGUAUCUGAAGAAGAUGGUGAAGCUUCACUGAGUGUAUCGAAAGAUGAAGAUGUUUUGGAUAAAUCUUCACGAAUGAAAAGGUCACAUGAAAUGACUUUUCAACCAGAGCCCAGGCCAAUAACCUUUGAUGUUGGUUCUGAAUCAUUUUCAUGUGAAGAGAGGUUAGGUUCUAGUCUUGAGGAUUCUGCCAGUAUAAUUAGUGCAUCAAGUACUUCUGAUCCAACCGCAGUCUUGACAAUCAUUGAAAGGUCCAGGACUGAAUCUGAUAAAAUGGACGGUUCCGCAAAUUCUGAUCAGUUAAGUUUGACUGUUUCAGGUACUUCAGAGCAGAUAAGUUUAUCAUCUGUAUGUGAUGAUAUGAAUGUUCAUCAAAUUGUUUCAUGUGAAACAAUUGCAACUCAAUCAUUAAAUAAUGAAUCUCGUGUAGAAUCUGUGUUAUUAAUGACAUCAAGUGUCAAUGCUGAUGGGAUUCAGAGUGUCUCCACACAAGUGACAUCCCAAACAGAGAUACCACCAACAAAAAUUGACGAAAUAGUUGAAGAUGGUUACACCUGUAGUAAUGGCCCAACCCAAGUUGAAUAUAACGCUGAAUAUGACGAAAUUAAAGAGGUUAAACGACGUCCAGGUCAUCGUCGGAAUGAAAGUACAUCAUUCAAACCAUCUUUGAUUCCUGUUUUAAAAAAAAAAGAUGUUGAGACAAAAAUCCAAAAAAAUGUAACGUCAGAUUUUGAUGAUGAUGUUGCUGAAAGUGAUAAAUACAAAAACGUAACCUCAUUAACUCUCAAAGAGGAUCGUAAUGAUGAGAAAAAAGAUGUUGAUGAAACAGAAAAAGUAUAUGAGGAAUCUUUUCAAACUGAAGCUGAUCAAGGAUUUCACCGGGAUAUGAGAGAAGCCCGCCAAGCAUAUGAAGAUAUGUCCAGUCUAGAGGAAGAACAUGAAGACCUUCAGAAUAUCACAGAAAGUCGGCCCCAUUCACAGAUAAGUAAGUCCGACUCAGAAAGUGGGCAAAGACCAAUAUCAUCUGUGUUUUCUGACGACAGACCUGAUUCAGAAUUGGCUGAGCUUUUAAAACAGUGUUCAUCCGAUGUGUGUUCUGAAGAUCCAAUAGAGAGACCCAAAACACCAGAACCUUUAGAAGACUGUGAAAUAAAAGAUGAUACACCUGAGUUCUCAUCUGAAGCACAAGCAAGUGUUACAGAGCUGGAAUUAGAAUAUUCUGGAGCAGUUAGUCGUACUUUAGAAUACGAAGAUCAUGUUAGUCCUAUUCGAGAAAAGGUUAGUUCUCACUGGGAACACUCAACAUUAGAGCAUGAAGAGGAACUUGCUGAAGCAGAAGCUGCUUUCCAUAUGGUUCCUCAUGUAAUACCACAUUUGGGUGGAGUUCCCCAUCCCGACACAAUUCUCGAAGAUCCAGUUGCAGAAAAACAUGAACUUGAAACAAGAGAAAUGUUACUGAAAGAAGAAAUUCGCAAAAGAAUUGCUAAAGCAGAGGCUACAUCACCAGGAUCUAUUCCAGAUAUUACAAUCACCCAACAUAUGACACCUCUCAUUGAUCGUGGUUUUCACUACCCGGAUCUAGAGUUAGAAGAAGCUGAUGCCAAAGCUUCAGCCCCUCAAACUCCCGCUUCAAUAUCCAGUAGAGCAUCAACAGAAACUGAGACUGAUCAAGGAAACGAAUACGUUUUGGGUGAUGACAUAGGUGAGGAUUUUAUUACUGAAGAGCCUGAUAUUGGUGAAUCAUCUGUUACAACAGAAGAAAAAACCGUAUUUGAAUCUAAAGAUGAUUUCCACGAAAGAGGUUCCGCCACAGAUUCACCAACUAGUGACUCUUUUGAAAUGCUAGAAAAACCGGAUAUUGCAGACGAAUUUGUGAUAAUAGAAGAAGUUGGAAAAGAAGCUCAUGAACAAGAUAUGGAAGGAAAAAGUAUGGCUAUUGGUAAAAAAAGGAUUAUAAAAAAAAAUGUUGACACGGAAGAUAUUGUGGUUGUAUCACCACCUGCUCCAGUAACUCGAAUGACUGAAAUAAAAUACUAUCCUGAGGGAGGAGCAGCAUUUCCGUUUGAAUCUGACAGUCCACCAACAAAUAUGGAUGGUGCACAGUCCGGAGAAGGAACAUCACAGGAGGGUUCACCACCAUCUGAUAUUGAGCAAGAGUACGAAAGUGAAGUUGAAGCUGGGAAAAAAUGGAUUGAAAUGCAAUUUCAAGGAGAUCAAGCCACUGCAGUAUAUGGAUAUGAGUUAGACUAUGAGCGAGGACCCCUUGAAGAUAUCAAAGAAGAACCUGACCUAGAAAAUAAUAGCAGUCGAUUUGGUAGUUUAGGAAGCCAGGUGAGCCAAUCUGCAGGAAGCUUUGGUAGUAUGAAAGAGUCAUUUAGCAGCACUCCUGAUUAUGAUGUUCUUGCAGGUCGAAAAUAUUUCACAAAAUCAGGGGAACAUGAUGAUGUUUCAAUGAGCUCUUUGCAAGAAUUUGAGAGGCUUGAAAAUUUAAUUGCAAUGGAAAUCAAUCGGAAUAAAUCUUCUGGUUCUCAAGAUUCUUUGAAUAGCUCCGGGAACAGUAAACGACAUACAGGAAGUGGAAAAAGUGGCGGAGAUGAUGUAUCAUUAGCAUCUCUUAAGGAAUUUGAAGGACUUGAACAUGCUUGUAUUGAAGCAGCAAAAAUAGAAUUGAAAGCAAAAGAGGAAGAAGCAGCACUGUUAUCAGAAAUAGAAGAAGGCCAUGAAAGUCAAGCAUCAGAAUCUGAAAGUUGUGAAACCAUUUCCGCUGGAGGGAUUAGAGGUGGAGACUCUGAUGAAGAAGACUAUGAAAAGCGAAUGUUUGAAAUUGAUGAGAUAAUUAGGCAAGCCCAAAAUAACGUUGAACGAUUUAUCGAUGUAAAAGAAAAAGAUAGUUUAGUGGAAAGUAGUGUGAUUGAAAAAACUGAAUCGAUGGGUAGAGGAGACUCAAUUGAGGAAGUUUCUAAAAUCCCUGACCUUGAUUUGGACCAACCCCUUCAUUCUCUUGCAACAACUUCCGCAUUAACUCAAUUACAUACUGGGCCAGCAACUCAACAAUGGAAGGAAAAGGGAAGUGACACUAUAAUAUGUGUCAGCUCUAAACAUUUUAGUGAUAAUAUCACUACCAGUACUGACAGUCUUGAAAUAAAGACUUUUAAUGAAAGAGAUAAUAUGUCAGCAAGUACUGAUUCAAUUGAAUUCCAGGCCCAGCAGAAAAUGUUAAAAUCAAAAGAUAUAAUGACAGAUUCAAUAGAAGUCCCUGGGGACAAAACUUCAAUGUUAACUUCAACAGAUUCUUUGGAAACCGACAAUGCAAAAUGUUUUUCAGAUUCUAUGGAUGAUGAAGAUGGAGGUCACAACACAGCGUUGCAAGAUCAAAGUAGCUCCAGUGGAAGGGAAGGUGAUUUCAGUUUUUCAAGUAAAGAUGACUUUUUGGAACAAAACAGAAUGCCUCCUUCUCGAUCUGACCUUUUACUUGGCAGUACAGAUUCACUAGAACCUUCUAGUUCUACUGCUACUAAUGCAACUUACCACUGUGAAAAUGACUCUGUUAUGUCCUCUAGUUUUACUAGUGUAGGAUCUAAUACUUUGAUGUCUAGUACAGAAACAUUAGAUACAGGUUUACGAACUGCUGUGUGGUUUGAUGAUUGCAAACCAUUUGUCACUGAAGUUAUUGAGCCUUGCGAGGAAGGUGAUGGCUUUGUUCAUACCAUUCAUAGAACAGUUGAAAUGCCACCAGAAAUUCAUAAUGUUACUUUCAAAGGUUCAGAUGCAGAUAGAGCUUUAAAAGAAUACAUUGAACAGUUUGGUCCAGGUGAAGAUGUUACUGAAACACAAGAAAUAGACGCAGCUGGAAAUGUACAUACUAUAAGAGUCGUCCAAAAAAGAGUUGUCAUGAAACCAGAUGAUUUAAAGAAUCCUAAUUCUAGAUUGUCUGAAUCAGAGAUUGACGAAUAUUUAAAACUGACUUGUGAUGAGAGAAAUACAACAAGUGAAUCUAGAAAAGAAACUCCCAUGUUUACUUCUUCUCCUGCCCAACAAUUCCUACCACAUCAAACCAUAACUCAAAUCAUUUCCCAAUCUCCCAAGCAAGAACUUAUUUCUUCCCUUGUAAAAGGAGAAACAACGGGGGAGGAAGCUGAAGGAGUACCCUCAUCAGCUGCUACCAGAGGGUCGCGGCCUCCACUCAAGUAUGACAUAAGCAUGGACGAAGAACCAGAAUUUGACCCUCGAGAACACGACUGGCGGUUCAACCUCCCGACUUACUCUGAAACCGAGGAGGCACUUGCAGAUUUAGCAGCUGGAAUACAAGACAACAAAGGGAGCAGUUCUGGUGCAGAUCCCUCCAACUACAAGUAACAAGCAACUCCCCACAUCAAUGUUACCACUUCACUGACAUGUUCAUCCAUCCUAUAUAUUUUGUUGUCAUAUUCUAUUUGUUUUUCUGUACAGUUAAACUUUACUUUAUUCUAGUUGAACAAAGUGUAGUUUAUUGAUAACUUGUGUUACAUUCGAGUGUCAUCAAAUGAAACUCCCCUGUCACACGAUAUGAGUUUUUCCUCUCAUGUAUGUUUGGAUGGUUGUCUUAUCCAAUACUUAAGCUAUCCAACUUGUUUCAUAGGAACUACGCUAUACACGUUAUAGACAAAAGCAUCCAGCUAUGAUGAGCUUAAAGCCUCACGCUUAAAAACCUAUUGGCUUUGUCCCAUAAGAUAUUUCAUAUGACUUCACUUACUAAAAAGUAACAUUGCAACAGAAAUUAUUUUUAUAGAAAUAAGUUGCAAAUAAUGCAAAGAUGUGACAGAACGUAUUUACAAUAAUAUCUCAAUAUAACAAACAAAAAGAAUAAAAUUCCCUUUCAGAAUGCCGCUUUAUUCAGGGUGAUUAAAGGUAAUCUACCUUAUUUGUGUAUGAGUACUACUGACGCUCUUCAUCAAAACUUACCUAAGACACCAUAAUUUAACACUGCAAAAUAUUUAGCAUAAAAUGCAUCCUAUGUGAACUAGACAAAAAUAUUUUUAAUUAAGAAGUGAACUCAUUAUAUUUACUAAGUAUUAUUUUAUAGAAAUAGUAACUUUUUAACUGUAAAAAUUAUAUAUAUUUAUACAUAUUAAAGGCUUAAUUUUGUUUGUGCUAGAUAUUAUUUUCUAUUGUUGUCGAUAGUUAGAUAGUCUUUUGUUACCUUUUCAUUUGUUACUGUUAAUCUAUUAUAGUUUUUUUCUGUAUUAUAAUAACAAUAUAAUUGUUAAAUUUAUAUAGCGUAUGCUACUUAAAGUCAAAACAACAAAAUACUGAAUAUUUGAAGUGUUGUUUAAGAAUUUAUCCAUUGAUGGAUGUUUUUAUGCUGGUAAAGCAUUAAUUGUGGGUGGCUUAAUAAUGUACAGUUUUAACAUUUUGAAUAUGUAUGAAAGUGUAAAAAUGUUAAGCGUAAGUGUGCACUACGUAAUAACUUGCAGCUUUUGAAGCAGGCUCUGGCCAUUUUAUAAUCUGCCACUCAUUGUCUUGUCCACUUUUUUAUCUGACAUUAUUUCAACGGUAUGAUAAAACAAAAAUGUAGUGUUAUUUUUUGAAAUAUUUAACAAAUAUUUUUAUUUUGCUUUUGUUUUAUUGUAGUGCAAUCAUUGUUUGUAAGACUUAAAGAACGAUUAAAUACUGAUAAUUA